AUGCAGGUAGCACCCACUUUUUCCGCCGGCCCCGUCUCAACCAUUCCCUCGGUAUUUGAGUCCGUGCAAGGCUACAAAGUCCCCAUCUUCUUUUCCCGCUACCCGGCCGGAAUCAGCAUUGCUGCUCGGGAAGUCGAAGAUGCCCUCAGACGCAUUGACGAGCUAGCUUGCGAGGAAGGCACAAGGGAAAGACGUCAGGCGAUUGUCCGACAUGCCAACCCCUAUGGCAGCUACUUCACCAUUUGCCACUGCUCCGCCUUCCCGGAAAGACUCGUUCUGUUCUCUUGCCUGGCCGAGGUGCUGUGGAUCCACGAUGACAUGACCGAAGAGAUGGAACAUGUUGACGCAUGCCGAGAGCACGAUGAGAUGGCCAAGGUCCUCCGACUUGACAUUGAUCAAUCCAUGUUCAAGAAUGGAAAUCUGCGACAAAAGACUCUGGCAGCUGUCCUUCGCAAGGCGAUUGACAUCGAUCCUGCCCAAGCUCCCACCAUGAUCAUGAUGCUGAAGAAAUACCUCGCAACAUUCGACAGCAUCGGUGGAGUCUUCACCCGAAUGGAAGAUUACAUGCCCUACCGCAUCGCCAACAGCGGCUACUGGAUGUCCUCUUACUUCGUGCGCUGGGGAAUGGGUAUCGCCCUCAGCGAGGAGGACUACGCCAGCGUCGAGCAAUUCGACACUGCAAUGGGCAAUGUCCUCGGUCUGACCAAUGACUACUUCAGCUGGAACAUGGAGAAAGAGCAGCAGGCGGAUCGGAUGAGAAAUGGAGUGGCUGUUCUGAUGAAGGAGCACAACACCACAGCUGAAGCGGCAAAGGUGAUGCUGCUUGGUGUUAUUGUUGAACAAGAGUCCCUCGCUGCGAAGCUCAAGGAGGAGAGAUUGAAGAAGCCCGCUUCAAAGGAGAUCUUGCAAUACUUUGAGGCUAUUGAACUUUAUGUUGGUGGAAGCUGCUAUUGGCACUCGACUGCGCCUCGGUAUCAGGUCAAGGUUUGA